UUUCUCCAGCAAGUCUUAUUUGUUAAUUUAGAGUGCAGAAAUGAACCUUUUAACUUUACUCUGAAAGCAAAUAUUGACUUUGUUUCGUAGUAAUCUGGACUUUGCACAGGAGGGGAAAAGCCUGACAUUCCUGAAAAUGGCAGCUGAGACAUCCACAGACGUUCCAAAACCUGCUAGACAGUUCGUCCUUAAAGAAGAGGUAAUUGUAGAAAGAAAAUGGUUGAAGCUUGAAGAAACAACUUACACUGAUCCCUUUGGUAAAACCAGAACUUGGGAAACGGUAAAGCGUACUGGCAACAAAAAGGGUGUUUCAGCUGAUGGUGUAGCCGUGAUAGCUGUACUACAGAGAACUCUCCACUACGACUGCGUUGUCCUAGUGAAACAGUUCAGGCCCCCAAUUAACGGCUAUUGCUUGGAAUUUCCUGCAGGACUCAUUGAGGAAAAUGAGACUGCAGAAAGUGCAGCAUUGCGAGAGUUGGAGGAAGAAACUGGGUACAAGGGGGAAGUCGUUGAAUGUACUCCAGCUCUCUGCUUGGACCCAGGUUUGUCAAACAGCACGACACACAUUGUGAGCGUUACCAUUAAUGGAGAUGAGGCUGAGAACACAAGACCUAAGCAAAAACUUGAUGAUGGAGAAUUUGUGGAAGUUAUUUCACUUCCAAAGAACGACCUACUGCAAAGAAUUGAUGAACUCAUAGCAGAAGAACGUAUUGCAGUGGAUGCCAGGGUUUAUACUUACGCAUUGGCCCUGAAGCGUGCAGCAGAAAAACCGCUCCAAGUUCCUUUUAUGAAGUUCUAAAACUAGACGAUGAGAAAUGUAGUUGAAAACUGCCUGGUUCAGAUGGCUUACAAGUAGAACUCUUCUUGUAAUAA